AUGGGGGGAUGGGGUGAUGCUCUCAGGAAAUCGUGGCGUUGGCUAGGCGUGCAGGAUGCAAAGCGAAAUGCGGCAUGCAUGCAAAUGCUCGAACCACUUUCUAUUUUCUGGAGCUGCGCUGACUGCGGCGGGCAUAGUACUAGGAGAGAAACGGAGAAACUAGCUCCCGGAUUCCCGAAUUAUAUACGUAAACAUUCAUCUCCAGAUUGCAAAAACAAUUUGCAAACGACUGCGGUGCCACGUGUCGAUCCGUCUGUCUUCCUUUUCUCUGGCCUCCCGAGACCCAAAGCAGUGGCACGGCCUGAAGCGCGCCACAUAAAAAGAGGGAGAGGUUACAAAACCCCCGCCCCUCCCUGCUCCGCCCCUCCACACCUCCCGCUCCGUGCAGACGCUGCCCAGGUCCGCGCGCAGGGCGCCUCCACAGCUGCAGCUCCCGCCGCCCACGGCGCCCCCCCUCCCGUCUCCAGCCUCGGAAAUCCGCUGCUGCUGCUGCUGCGGACCGAGCUGCUGGAGGUGGCCGCGGCGGCGGCGGCAGAAGCUGAAUACGGUGGGCAUGAUCAGAUAGAUUUGUAUGAUGAUGUCAUCUCUCCAUCUGCAAAUAAUGGAGAUGCCCCAGAAGAUCGGGAUUACAUGGAUGCUCUCCCACCUUCUGUUGGCGAUGAUGUAGGUAAAGGAUCAGCACCAAAUGUUGUCUAUACCUAUACUGGAAAGAGAAUUGCAUUGUACAUUGGAAAUCUUACAUGGUGGACAACUGAUGAAGAUUUAACUGAAGCAGUCCAUUCUUUGGGGGUAAAUGAUAUUUUGGAGAUAAAGUUUUUUGAAAACCGUGCUAAUGGCCAAUCAAAGGGGUUUGCCCUUGUUGGAGUUGGAUCUGAAGCAUCCUCAAAAAAGUUAAUGGAUCUUUUGCCUAAAAGGGAACUACAUGGUCAGAAUCCUGUUGUGACUCCGUGUAAUAAGCAGUUCCUGAGUCAGUUUGAAAUGCAGUCCAGGAAAACUACACAGUCAGGACAAAUGUCUGGGGAAGGUAAAGCUGGCCCUCCAGGAGGCAGUUCACGUGCAGCAUUUCCACAAGGUGGUAGAGGACGGGGCCGUUUUCCAGGGGCUGUUCCAGGUGGGGACAGAUUUCCUGGACCAGCUGGACCAGGAGGGCCACCCCCACCUUUCCCAGGAAAUUUGAUCAAGCAUCUUGUUAAAGGAACUCGGCCUUUGUUCCUGGAAACUAGGAUUCCAUGGCAUAUGGGGCACAGCAUAGAGGAAAUACCCAUUUUUGGCCUAAAAGCUGGACAAACUCCACCACGUCCACCCCUAGGUCCUCCAGGCCCUCCCGGCCCACCAGGCCCUCCACCUCCUGGUCAGGUUCUUCCUCCUCCAUUAGCUGGGCCUCCUAAUCGAGGUGAUCGCCCUCCACCACCAGUUCUUUUUCCAGGACAGCCUUUUGGGCAGCCUCCAUUGGGUCCGCUUCCUCCUGGUCCUCCACCUCCAGUGCCAGGCUACGGCCCCCCUCCUGGUCCUCCACCUCCACAGCAGGGACCGCCUCCGCCUCCAGGCCCUUUUCCACCUCGCCCACCUGGCCCUCUGGGGCCACCCCUUACACUUGCUCCUCCUCCACAUCUUCCUGGACCACCUCCAGGUGCCCCCCCACCAGCUCCACACGUGAACCCAGCUUUCUUUCCCCCACCAACCAACAGUGGCAUGCCAACAUCAGACAGCCGGGGUCCACCACCCACAGACCCAUAUGGCCGACCUCCCCCGUAUGAUAGAGGUGACUAUGGGCCCCCUGGAAGAGAAAUGGAUGCUGCAAGAACGCCAUUAAGUGAAGCAGAGUUUGAAGAAAUCAUGAAUAGAAACAGAGCGAUUUCAAGCAGCGCCAUUUCAAGAGCUGUGUCUGACGCCAGUGCUGGUGAUUAUGGGAGUGCUAUUGAGACAUUGGUAACUGCUAUUUCCUUAAUUAAACAAUCCAAAGUAUCUGCUGAUGAUCGUUGCAAAGUGCUUAUUAGUUCUUUGCAGGAUUGCCUUCAUGGAAUUGAGUCCAAAUCUUAUGGUUCUGGAUCAAGACGUGAACGCUCAAGAGAGAGGGACCACAGUAGAUCCAGAGAAAAGAGCAGACGUCACAAAUCUCGUAGUAGAGAUCGUCAUGAUGAUUAUUAUAGAGAGAGAAGCAGAGAACGAGAAAGACAUCGGGAUCGUGACCGAGACCGCGAUAGAGAACGUGACAGAGAGCGAGAAUAUCGCCACCGUUAAGAGAAGCUGAAGGAAGAGGAACACCUUGCAAGACAAGAAACCUUCUUCAUGGGGGAAAAUGACGCUUGUCCAGCAGUUUGCUUCUUGUGAUUGAACUGAGCCUGUAAGGAUUCAUGGAUAAAAUGGACAGGAAUAGAUCUGAAUAAAGCAAAUCUGCAUAAAUGGUAA